AUGACUGAGUCGACUGUUGACGUGGAGGUUGCUCCGCGCGUUCAGAUCGCGAAGAAAUCGAUGUGGCAGUCGAUCUUCGAUAAUCCUAAAGUCAUUUUUAUUGCCUUUUUUGCUUCACUCGGUGGUUUCGAAUAUGGCUACCAGCAGGGUGUCCUUGGCCAGUCUCUGGUCAUGACCCGCUUUACUGAGAAUUUCCCGUCUGUGGUGGCUUCAUCUACGGCUACAGGCUGGUUGACAUCCAUUCUCCAGGUGGGAGGUAUUGUAGGAUCCCUCUCGGCUGGUAUCCUGGGUGAGAUCUUCUCGCGCAAGUACACCAUGUUUUUCGCUUGCUGCUGGGUUGUUCUGGGAAGCUAUCUCUAUGUCGGUGCUACAUCUGGUAACCCAGCUCUCUUGUACGCUGGUCGUUUCUUCACUGGCUUGGGCGUCGGCCUGUUCAGCGGUGUUGGUCCCCUGUACAAUGCCGAACUCGCUGCUCCUGAAAUGCGUGGUCUUUUGGUCUCUUUCUACCAAUUCGCUACCAUUCUCGGCAUCAUGAUCUCCUUCUGGGUUGGCUAUGGCAGCAACUAUAUUGGCGGAACCGGUGAGAUGCAGUCCGACAUUGCUUGGCGUCUACCUUCUAUCAUUCAGGGUAUUCCUGCCUUUUUCUUGGCCUGUGGUAUCUGGUUCAUGCCUUUCUCUCCUCGCUGGUUGGUUAAGCAGGGUCGCGACGAGGAAGCUCAGGCUACUCUGGCUUGGAUGCGCAAGCUUCCAGUCGAGCAUGAAUUGGUCCAGGUCGAGUACCUUGAAAUCAAGGCCGAGUCCGUGUUUGAGCAGCGUGCGUUUGCGCGCAACUCACCCAAGUUGGCUGAACGUGAGCGCCAAAGUAUCUUCAUGAACCAGAUCGCGCAGUAUGCCAACUGCGUGCGCACAAUGGAUAACUUCAAGCGUGUGGCCACUGCUUGGCUGAUCAUGUUCUUCCAGCAAUGGAGUGUCAUCUAUUACGCAUCCAAUGUUUUCAAGAGUCUUGGUCUAACUGGCGGUACCAUUGCACUGCUGGCUACUGGAGUGACUGGUGUGGUUUUCAUUAUCAGCACGAUUCCAGGAAUGUUGAUCAUCGACAAGGUUGGCCGUAAGCCUAUGCUUCUGGUCGGAUCCCUAGUCAUGUUCUGCAGCAUGGUCAUUGUCGGAAUCAUCGUGGCAAAAUACCAGCAUGACUGGCCUCACCAUGUGGCUGCAGGUUGGACUGCUGUUGCACUUAUCUGGGUGUAUAUUGCCGGCUUCGGAGCUACCUGGGGCCCUUGCUCAUGGACACUCGUCUCGGAGAUCUUCCCUCUCUCCAUUCGCGCCAAGGGAGCCUCGAUUGGUGCUUCCAGCAACUGGAUCAACAACUUUGCCAUUGCCUUUUUUGUGCCCCCAAUGCUGCAGGCCUGGGAGUGGGGGACCUAUAUUUUCUUCGCUGUUUUCCUAGCCAUUGGCAUUGUUUGGGUUUGGUUCUUCCUGCCCGAGACCAAGAAUGCCAGUCUCGAGGAGAUGGAUCGUGUUUUCGGCAGCCACACUGGCGAGCGAGAUGCCGAGUUGCUGCGCGAAGCGCAGCGGGAUGUCGGCCUGACCUCGUUCAUUGAGAGAAUGGGAUGUGCGACGGGUCGUGAUUUGGAGAAGAAGGAGGGAUCUCAAUAUAUUGAGACCCUCUGA